AUGGACAUGAAAGAAUCAGCAGUAAAGGUUCAGGUGGCGAUGUUGAUGGUCGUCAAGACGUUCAUGGACUGGACGGUGUCAUGGCUACCAAUGUACGGAGAGGCGAAGCUGCUUCUCGUCAUCUACCUCUGGCACCCCAGCACAUGGGGUGCGCGGCACGUGUACGAUGGCUUCCUCCAUCCGCUGGUGGUGUGGCAUGAGGCCGACAUCGACCGGGGCCUACUUGAGCUGAGGGCUAGGGCGAGGGACAUGACGACGUCACAACUCAAGGCGGCGGCUGCCAUCGGUCAAGUGUGGCUAGUCGAGGCUGCCCGUUGUGUUCCGUCGCAGUUGCAGGCCGCGAGAUCAAGCAGGGAAGGCGCCACGCAUUGACGAGUGAGCCAAUUUUUGGAUCGGACCA